GCCCGCAGCCAUGAGCGUUGGGAGGAGCGGAGAAAGGGGCUUCCGUGAGGGCGAGCCGCAGAGGCCUUGGGAGUCCGCGAGACGAGGCGGGUGGGAGUGGGGGAGGGGAAGCGAGGUGACGCGGCCCCGGCCUUUCCGGAAGAGCGGGCCUUGUUUACGUGUCGGGAGCGGGGGCGGUUGGCGCGGGCGCCCGCCGGCACAGGUCAACGGACACUUAACCGAUGGAGAUUCCAUCGCGUCUGCUUCAGGGGGGAAAGGUGGAAGAGAGGUCAAAAUGCAGAUCUUCGUGAAAACCCUGACCGGCAAGACCAUCACCCUGGAAGUGGAGCCCAGUGACACCAUCGAGAACGUGAAGGCCAAGAUCCAGGAUAAGGAAGGCAUUCCCCCUGACCAGCAGAGGCUCAUCUUUGCCGGCAAGCAGCUGGAAGAUGGUCGCACUCUUUCUGAUUACAACAUCCAGAAAGAGUCGACCCUGCACCUGGUCCUCCGUCUGAGGGGUGGUAUGCAGAUCUUCGUGAAGACCCUGACCGGCAAGACCAUCACCCUGGAAGUGGAGCCCAGUGACACCAUCGAGAACGUGAAGGCCAAGAUCCAGGAUAAGGAAGGCAUUCCCCCUGACCAGCAGAGGCUCAUCUUUGCCGGCAAGCAGCUGGAAGAUGGCCGCACUCUUUCUGAUUACAACAUCCAGAAAGAGUCGACCCUGCACCUGGUCCUUCGUCUGAGGGGUGGUAUGCAGAUCUUCGUGAAAACCCUGACCGGCAAGACCAUCACCCUGGAAGUGGAGCCCAGUGACACCAUCGAGAACGUGAAGGCCAAGAUCCAGGAUAAGGAAGGCAUUCCCCCUGACCAGCAGAGGCUCAUCUUUGCCGGCAAGCAGCUGGAAGAUGGCCGCACUCUUUCUGAUUACAACAUCCAGAAAGAGUCGACCCUGCAUCUGGUCCUCCGUCUGAGGGGUGGUAUGCAGAUCUUCGUGAAGACCCUGACCGGCAAGACCAUCACCCUGGAGGUGGAGCCCAGUGACACCAUCGAGAACGUGAAGGCCAAGAUCCAGGAUAAGGAAGGCAUUCCCCCUGAUCAGCAGAGGCUCAUCUUUGCCGGCAAGCAGCUGGAAGAUGGCCGCACUCUUUCUGAUUACAACAUCCAGAAAGAGUCGACCCUGCACCUGGUCCUUCGUCUGAGGGGUGGCUGUUAAUUCUUCAGUCUUCUAUUCAUAAUGUUCAAUGAUGGCAUCCUUCUGCACUCUAGCCAUUUACCCCAAUUUAAGUUUAGAAAUUACCAGUUUCAGUAAUAGCUGAACCUGUUCAAAAUGUUAAUAAAAGUUUUGUUGCAUGCA